GCCAGCCCACUGUACUGUACGUCACAAUACUGGAGUUAAAUCCCUUUCCCUUUUCAUAAUCACAUCUUCGAUAUUGUCCUCUUCAGUGAAAUUCUGGUUAAGAGUGUGUGUGUGUACUGUAAUGUACAGUAAGUGCUGUAUUGUAUAUACAAGUUUUUGUACAGUAAAUUCAAGUAAAUGCGAUCAUCGAGUGAGAGUGUCGUCACCAGAACCGCCUGUGCCCUGAGCUGAUUGGUGUGCCCAUAGUCUUGUAGAGUCUUGUAGAGACCUUUAAAUCUUGUGUAUGGAACCAAAUUCUCAUUCAGUUUUUGAUGAUUAUAUCCUUUACUUUAUUCUUGGGCUCAGUUAGUUCCCAACUCCGACACUAGACUUGCAAUACAAGGCCAGUCUAUUUUGAUCCAAAAAACUUUUCUUUUCUUCUCACUCUUCUCUCUCUAUCCUCUUCUAUGCGUUACUUAGUUUGAGCUAAACUGUCGUCAAACUUGUGGUGAGAGCUAACUGAAGACAAUAAUAAUAAUAACAAUAAUAUGUAAAAAACAAUUGGCGUUGAAUUAAGUGUUAGGCAUCGCUCAUACAUAAGCGUCAGGAGAAUAGUGUGUAACAACUGAGUCGUUAAGACAAGUGUUGUGCACAAAGUCCCACAUCAGCCACAGUGUUAAGUGUUAUAUAUCCUUCAUUGGCUAUGGACUCAGAUACAGGCGCCAUGAAUACCGAAGAUUAUGUCCACGACCUCUCCAGUCUAGAUCUCGAACAUCUCGAGGAAGUGGUCAAACUAGAGACGGCUAAGAUUGCGGCCGCAAAUCAUAACACAACUCACAACUGUCGACAAUUGAAUGAUAGUAAUGCUAACUCAUCGCAAAACUGCCCAAACGAUCAACAAUUAAGACUCGUUCACAACGUUAUGGUCAACGGAGGUCUACCCGAUCAUCGUAAACAACAGAUUGCAUUGGCCGCUAAUAAUGCGAGUACUCCUAGUAAUGCCACUUCACCGCCGGGAACCGGUAAUUCACUGCCACCAUCACCUGCUUAUACAGGAAGUAUGACUCAGGCGACUCUCGAGAACUGUAAGAAACAUAACGGACUGUUAGAUGAUAGCAAUGGAAUUUCUAUGCCAUGGCUUACGGAACAGCUCAGGUAUGGCAAUGGUCUCAUUGGUGGUCAAGAAGGACCACUUGAUCUGAGAGGUCAGUGCGGGCCUGAAAUGGAGAACCCGUGGCUGUCGCCAAACAUGAGACGGGCCGAGUAUAUGGAGAUGCAGUCGCCAGCAAUGCAUAGCAGACUUAUGCAAACUAUGGCUAACUCUAAUCUGGUCAACAACUCACUCGAUAUGCAUCCACAACACCAGCAACAGAACAAUCAGUUACAUAACGGACACUCACAUCAUUCAAACUCACAAAUUCAUCACUCAUUUCACAGUCACGGCAUCGGUGGUCACAAUACUAAUAAUAGCAAUCAUUUUACUCAUCACAGCAAUAGUAACAGCAGUACUAAUGAUUGUAAUAAUGUGUACACAAGUAGUGGCCAUAAGGGCGGCGAUGGGCUAAAUGAUGAACAACUCAUUAAUCUGACGGUUCGAGAGCUUAACAAAAAACUUCACGGCUUUCCCCGCGAAGAUGUGAUUAAAAUGAAACAAAAAAGAAGAACACUUAAGAAUCGCGGAUACGCUCAGAACUGUCGGACUAAACGUUUGGCACAAAGACAUGAUUUAGAGGCCAAACUCAGACUACAGAUCAACGAGUUGUCGAGAUAUCGGUACGAAUGCGACAAAUUGAGAGAUGAAAACGACAAACUCAGACUCGGCUUUGACAAACUCAGACAGGCCUAUGACAAGGUCUGCCAGGAAAGAGACUAUUACCAGAUCACUGUCAAACAACAACAACAACAACAACAACAACAAUCAGGUAUUAGUCAGACUACGAGUCAAAGUCAGCAAAUAUCUGUCACAUCGACACCAAAUAAUACGACCACAACUCAAGCCAACACAAGCCGUCAUAAUAAUAAUGACUGUUCGGGUGGCUCUCUAUCGAGUGUUUCGGCCAGUAGUACGCCCUCAUCGCCCGAGUUUUAUCUGUGACUUACAAACUUAACAAACAGAUUAUCAUCUCUUAAAUGUCUAUUAUAUUGAAUAUAUAUAUAUUUACAGAAUAUU